CCCCAGCCGGCGCUGGUACAAGCGGUGCCAGGCUCAGGCCGUGCCAGGCUCCGGCGGCCGUCACUGGUACCCCCGCGGUGCAGCUGGGCUGGGAGGCGCUUCUGCGGCGCUGCGGGAGGCACGGGGAGGGGCGGUGGGGGCUGUCUUGUGCUGAUUCCACCAGCAGCUCCGGAAAGACAGCUACCCGGCAGCGACUGGACCGAAGAAAACCUCAGGCAGGCGCUGCUUUUCUUUUGCUGUUGGAUUUGCUGGAGGCUGUGGUUACCUGCUUGGUGGUGUUUGCAGCAGUAGCUCUGUGCCAGGAGACGGUGACUUCCAGGAGCUUCUCUCUACUUCCCUUAAGGAGGUUCUGUAACACUGAUGAUAUAAUCGAGAUCGGCUUAUUUACCUAGAGAACUUCCUGCUUCAAUCUAUUUCCUUAAAGAAAUGAAGAAGGGACCAGAAAGCGGAGCAUGCACCCUUGCUGCUCCAGGCAAUUUAGUGGAGUCAGAUCCAGACACUAAAAGCAGCAAUGGAGCCUCAGCAAGAGCGAAAGACACACUUCUCUCUCCUGGACAACUGGAAAACGUACUGCUGAAACCCAGUACAGAAACAUCCAGAAAAAAACUGUGUGGCUAUUUAAAUAAGCUGGGCAUCAAGGGGCCAAUCAAGACCUGGAAGUCUCGUUGGUUCUUUUAUGACGAAAACAAAUGUCGCUUACUAUACUACAGAACUGCCCAGGACAUUAAUCCUUUGGGGUCUAUUGAUCUCUCCAGCGCCAGCUUUGACUGUAAAAUGGAAAAUGGGGAAGGAGUUUUUGAGAUCAGAACACCAAGCAGAGUUUUUACUUUGAAGGCAAUCAGCAAACAGGCAAUGAUGUACUGGCUGCAACAGCUGCAAUUGAGACGUUGGGAAUUUUGCAACACUCAGAGCAGAUUUCCUGUGGGCAGCUCCCAGCUUGUGAAUGAACCUCUGGCUGGAAGAACAAAUGUAGUUGACAAUGAAGACUUUCUGCCUCUGGUGAAAACACCAACAGAAGCAGUGGGUUUAAAGGCAGCAUCGUUGCCUGCACCUCAAACAUCUACUGCUUUGCAGAACAUCUCCCUUAAGCACCCUUGGACAGAGAUACAAAACACUGUCUACAAUAUUUGCGGCUCCAAGCAGCUCUGGGGGAACAAUGGGAAUGUCUUUAGCUUUGAUGAAUUCCAAGAGCAUCCUGAGAAUGUGGAUGAGAAGCAAGAGGCAGAAGUGGAGGCAGGUCGUGCAGAUAAGGAGGGGACCCUGGAAGAUGGGAGGAUGGAGCCCAGACUGAACUGGAUUAGGAAAGCCAGGUGGAUGAACAGUGGCUUCCCAGGCUCUGAAGAAUUGUCCAGGGAGAAGAACUCAGUGGAUAAAGUGAGUGUCCUACAGCAACAGAUUCUGACACUCACAGAGGAAGUCAAAUCACAGAAGGAACUGGUUAAACUUCUCCACAAAGCUCUGGAGGCAGCCCAGCAGGAGAAGCGAGUAUCUAGCAUGUAUCUCACUGCAGCAGAAGAUAAGGACAGGCUGGAGCUGGUGCGCCACAAAGUGAGACAAAUUGCAGAUCUGACAAGUCGAUUGGAAGCUCUUGAACAAGAAAAGAAGGAACUGGAGCAGAUAUUGACUUUAAGAGACAGCCAUAUCCAGGAGCUCAAGGAACAUGUGCAGCUUUUGAUGGAGAAGAACCAUGCCAAACAGGAAGUCAUCAUGGCCUUGACAGAGCAAAUGGCCCGAGAGUUCUCUGACCCCCUGCAAGAAGCCAACACUAUCACUGUAGAGACGUUGUAUAAGCAGCAGGAGGAGAUUGAACAUCUGAAGGAUGAUAUUGAUGCAUACAAAACCCAGAACCAGUUUCUCAAUUCAGAGAUCCACCAGGUUACUCGACUCUGGACAAGCGUUGCUGAGAAUGAAAAAGCCCUUCUGAUGAAGUGUGCCUGCCUGCAAGCAAGAAACUGCCAGAUGGAGAGCAAAUACCUGACAGUCUUGAGAAAGCUGCAGGAGGCUGUGCCUGGCUUGCCCAGCUCGCAUGCUGAAUUGGUGAAGAACCUCAUCCAGGAAGCUCUCCAGUGGGAUGUGAAGGAAGAAGCAGAUGAAGGUUUUAACUUGAACCCUGUAAGCGAGUAUGAUGAGUAUGGGUUUAUGACUGUACCUGACUAUGAAAUUGAGGACUGGAAACUCCUGGCCAAAAUCCAAGCCCUUGAGAUAAAGUCCAACAAACUGCGAAGCCACGAAAUAGUGGAGAAGCCCCUCCGUGACAGAUGGAACAGCAUUGGAGAGCUGAACCCCUCUGCAGAGUUGAAGAGUCUGAUCCGAAGUGGCAUUCCAGUGGAGCAUCGGCAGCGGGUGUGGAGGUGGAUGGUCAGCCGGCACUGCAGCCCUGUGUGUGGCCACUACCAGCGACUGUUGGAGCAGAGCAGGAGCACCGAGCACCCUGCCUGCCGGCAGAUUGAGCUUGACCUGCCCCGCACACUCACCAACAACAAGCAUUUUUCCUCUCCCACUUCCCAGCUCAUCCCCAAGCUCCGGAGGGUGUUAUUGGCAUUCUCCUGGCACAAUCCUGCCAUUGGAUACUGCCAGGGAUUGAACAGAUUGGCAGCUGUUGCUCUCCUGGUCCUGGAAGAUGAGGAGAGUGCUUUCUGGUGUCUAGUCUAUAUUGUGGAGAACCUAAUGCCAGCGGACUACUACAGUGACACACUAAUAACAUCACAGGUAGAUCAGAGAGUCUUCAAAGACUUCCUGUCUGAGAAGCUGCCUCGCCUCAUGGCUCAUUUUGAACAGUAUCGCAUUGAUGUCUCACUCAUCACCUUCAACUGGUUUCUGGUGGCCUUUGUGGACAGCCUGGUCAGCGACAUCCUCUUGCGAGUGUGGGAUGCUUUCUUGUAUGAGGGAACUAAGGUCAUUUUCCGCUAUGCUCUUGCAAUUUUUAAAUACAACGAGGAGGAAAUCCUAAGGAUUCAUGACAGUGUGGAGAUCUACCAGUACCUACGCUUUUUCACAAGAAUGAUCAUGGAUGGCAGGAAGCUGAUGAACAUUGCUUUCAAUGACUUAAACCCCUUCCCCAUGAAACUGCUGAGGAGCCGUCGGUCAAUGCACAGGGAAGAGCUGGAGGCAGAGCUGUGUGAACUUGAACAGAUCAAGGCGGCCUACGUCAAAGAGCGAGCAGAGCAGGGACCUCAGGACCUGAAGGACGUCGUUAGCGAAGAGGAGGAAGAGAUCUAACAAAAAGAGACUUGUCAUCACUUCCCUCCCAUCUUGCAGAAGGUCAGCAGCAGCAACUGUCAGUAAGAAAUGGACCAGAGGGGGAAGUGUGGUUACAGGAGUUCAUCUGCCCCAGUAAGCAAGGCUGUAGUUAUGGGACCAUUUGGAGACCAAGUCAGACUUUGUAAUGGUUUGGAAGGUGUCAGAGGAGUUUUAUCCUCUUCUGUACUUCUCUCCAUUCAGCCCAUCCUGUCCUGUGCAGUUCAGGAUUACAGCUGAGGGUGCAGAGGAAAUACCAGCUGUGGUAUAACGACAGGAACUGACAUGGUGCAAAAGACCCAACCAAGCAGGGCUUUUAUACAUUUUCUGAUGGAGGCUUGAACGAGAUCUUUAUGUACACGUAAAAUCUCCAGAAAUAAUGAACCGAGAACACUCCUUCAUUGGUACCUAGGGCUUCUGAAUUGGUCAGGAAAAAAGCCUGCUCUUUGAGGGUAUUGGUGCCUUCAGUAUCUAGCUUGCCAGGAGAGUGUGUGUUUAACAUUGUUACUGAGUCAAGACACUGUCUCCAGGUGAGUGUUAGGUCUGUGGGGUUCUGAAAGCUGGAGGACCUCAUCCAGUGGGACUCAGGCUGGGACAAGAAAAUAGGUUGUGGGAGAGUAGAGUUGCUUCCCCAGUGGGAGGGUCUGAUUCCUGUGGAAGUUCGUGGGAGCACAAGGUGUGUUUCCUGCUUGGCUGGGAAGUGUUGGGAGCUCUCCCUCCUCUUUGUUUAGCUUUGAGACCCUGGCAGCACUCUGUGCUGGUGAGUUUGUUUCAUAGAGGAACUCUCAUCUCUGCAUGCAACCAACCACAGCCUGCCUGCAGGCAGAGCCUAGUGUUAUGUGGACCUUUACUGGGGAUGACUGGGUUUUCUGAUAGCCUUACUCCUGGCCAUCUCUCUGCCCCACAGUUACGGUCCUCCUGUGCUGGGUUUUUACAUUGAUAAUCCCUGUCUCUGACUCCCAUUCAGUAUGGGAGGGAUGAGGCCUUUUCUGUAGAAGUUUAUGAUAUUGAAGGUAUUUUACCCAUGGCAUAUGGCUGGUAAUGAACCUGCAAAUCCUGGGAACAAGGUCACAAAAUAUUACUUGAUAUUCUUUAGAAAAAACCAUUAAUAUCCCCUGAACCAAGGAGCUAGCCUCCAUGGAUCUAGCACUCAGAGAUGCCCUAUCUGCCUCUGGGAAUGGCGUUUGAUAGCCUUCUCCCCUGCCUCCCAGGCUUGCCCAUCCCCUGGGCUAGAUACCCUGCCUGUGCAGCUCAGCCUCCGCAGACCCCGGAUGAGCCAAGUAUUUAGAUAAAUACAACUUCUUCUCCCUAACAUGAUGCCAGAUCCUGCUGCCCCACUUUCUGGCUGAGCAGUGCAUUAUUCCAGGUGUGCCUGCUAUAACAAGGGGUCUGCUUAAUGUUUUUAGACUGACCUUGAACCCAAGUGGAUUAUGCCUUUGUUAAACAUGUUGUGGUUGAUAACCCAACCCUUCAAGUUGUCAGUGUUUGCAGAGGAAGGAAAAGGUGGCAUUCAUAGCCCCCAGUGUUCUCAGCCAAGAUGACAGACUCUAGGGGAGAUAGUGCCUGUUCACCUGAGACACAUGGUCUCCCUCACUGGACAAGUCAGCCAGUUUCAAUGAGUUAUAGAAGACUGAGAUGGGAGAGACCUGUGGAGGCCAACCACACAGUAUAGAAGUAAUCGAAGUGAAGUUUUGGGAAGAGUGGAUAGAUCCCCUGAAUGUCACUGAGAGCUGCACAGAUUGAAAGUGUGGGAUGAGAAAAAAAUGUUACUACAACCCUACUACAGUAUCUCAGAAAAAUGAACUUAUUUUAAAACUAUGCCACCUAGCUAGGGAAGUCUAAAAGGCAGGUCUUUCUUCACAGAUGAUAUUGCUAAUCUGAUUUAUUUAUACUCUUACAUUCAUGGGUGCACACAGACUUUUGCUAUUGUUACAGACAUUAUAUUUUAAAUCAAGACCAUGAAAAUUGAAAGUUUACUUACAAUUUUAUUUCUUAGAGCUUUCUGCAACAGCUUAAAAAUCUUCCCUCCUGACUUGCCCUUACGUUUAUUAAAAAAGGUAUUUGAAACAUGUAUUAUUAGACUAAACCACAGCCUGACAUAUGUCUACAGUGUAUGAUAAACAUUGGUCUAUGUGAUACAUAAACUCUUCUGAAGCAGACAUAAGGAUCAAGGUAUUGACCCUGAUGGGGAAUUCUGAAAAUAAUUUUUAAUUGAAAUCAGAAGGGAAGGACAUCUGAGGGUUGCUAUAAGUUUCUUUUCUUUUGUGUCUUCAUCAGUUCUUUGGUCCAUGUGUAUUUGUUGAGGGCCAUUUCCUCUAGUCAUAACCAAUCACUUGUGUUCAUUCUUUAUUAAAUUGUGAUGGAUGAAGGAAUAUCUGCAAGACCUAUGCAGACCUGCACCUUGCAGCCAAGCUCGCAUGUCCUCAUGGGCCCUCAUCUACUUUCCUUCUGCUUCACAAACUUCAGCAGUACUGAAAAGCGCUGAACUCAGGUCACAAAAUUCCAGUUGGGACAGAGGUUAGCUUUGCCCAAUGCAAAUCUCUUAGGCCCCUGCAAGACACGGAGUGACUGUCAGUGCCACAGGUGUUUUGAACCUCUUGGUUACCUCUGCAUGAAGUGUUCAAGAAUGAUUUGUGCUGCCGCUGCCAGCUGAUGUGGCUGGGAAACAGUUUGACCUGGUUAUGCAGCCCAGCAAGCUCCUCCUGCCUGUGCUGGUGCCUGUGGAUAAAACAGGUGUCUUUCUACCCAGAGCCGGUCUUUGCUGAGCUUUGCUGCAUGCAUAACAUUACUUGUGAAAUUAAGCUUUCUCUUUCUGCAUUUAUCUAAAGCUUGGGAUACCAGCUCCAACCCUAAAAAGAAUAGUUUUGAUUUCCACACCCACCCUCCUCCAUAUGACGUGCAAUUAAUUUGUCGUUCACUUUGUUGCAGGAUCUUGGGGCCACUAAAAGUUUACAGGGUUUGAGAGGAUAAAUUGGUGGAGGGGUGCCAAACACACAUAAAGCCACUGCUGGCUCAGUAAGUCCCCGAGCUGUCAACAAGAAGAGACCAUGAAGCUUCCCUUCUUCACCCCUUUUUGGCCUGGGUGGUGUUGGGCUGGCAGGAUCUAUACCUUUAUAUGCUGUGGCUAAGCCCUGUAUUCUAGCAUGCUGCCAUGGUAAGAGGCACUACUGGGGAGGUUGUUUCUGGGUUAAUGUUUAGUCUAAGCUUGAGCUUCUCAUCCAGGGUGAAGGUGAGAGCUAAGGGACAAGGCAUUUUCCGUGGGUGGGAAGCAACAACAGCCUGUAGCAGAAGCUGUAACACAGUGCUGGGUUUCUCCUCCAGUUUUUGCAGGCUGGGCAACCUCCUGCCACCAUCACAGACACAAGGCCUGGGGCUUGCUCUCUUCCCAUUCAGGAGCUCACUUGUGGCCUGAGACAAUGCUGAGACUUCUCCAGGUGUCUCCCAGUGCUAAGAGCUCCUUUACAAAACAUUAGGUCUGUUUCGUCUAGGGACAUGGCACCUGCAAGAAGACAAACCACUUUCCCAUGACAGAGCCACAGUGCUGGAGCUGAUACAAUAUAAUGCCACCUGAGAUAAUUUAACCCCUUUCCUAGAGUUCAGUGAGAGGCUGUGGUCUGCACUGAGAUGCUAAAUCAUGAGAUUAUCUGUGUGCUUUCUGCUCAACCUCAGGAGUCUCCAGAGGGGAAAAUGGCACACCAGCUUAGUCAGUGGACGAGAAGGUAUCCCUAACCGUGACACAAUUGGGGCGAGAGGUCCCCUGUCCUGCUGCAGCCAGAUGUUUGCUUUGGGCACAUGGUCCACUACCUUUGAGACAAAGUCCCUAUUUCUCCUUGUUAUUAAAUGACAGCUUCCUGUGAAGUGCAAACUCUGCCUUUGAGACUCCAGCCGUUGAUUCAGUAUCUGCUCUGGUUUUGAGCUUAAUUUUCAUGAUACAGAACAUCUGGCACAUUCUGGUGUCAGGCUGUUGGAAGCUUGGAGACUUGGAGCAAUAUCCAGGGUAAGCAGAAUUAAAUUUCAAGCCCCCUUGUAAUACCAAAAUUGGCCAGAUAAAAACUCUCUAACACAGUUUUGAGUAUUAGAAAGCAGCAUUCUUUAUUGCAGUGUGCUGGUCACUGGGAGAAUCCUCCCUCUAAUUGAGUGCCCUGAGCAUUGGGUAAAUGCUCAAAACUUGAGUUUUUGUCAUACGCUGAUGACACAUUCAUUGGCUAUCCCUGCUUACUUAAUGUAUGUGUAUUACUUUAUUUUACAUAGUCACACUCCUUAUUGGUAGUCCUUAUGUAUUUCUUUGGUGUUUGUCUUCAAUGUCCUGUGUCCUUUUUAGGUGGCUGUUCCUCAACCCCCAUUUUGAGUAAGUGCAAUAUUGUUGCUUUGCAUAACUUCUGCUUUGUCAGCCUUGCAAGCUGAGCUGGCAUCCUGCUUGCAUUUUGCAUGACUUGUUUUGUCCACUUCUCCAAUGCUAUAUUGUUCCCUUUAUUUGAUAAGAGUAAAAUAUUGUUCUGUU